AUGGAAAAGCACCAGCAGCCAAUGUAUACCCAGCAGCCCUCUGCUACCCCGGGCAUGACCAUGGUCGCUGGAGGAAACCGCAAUGCGGAGAACAAGCCAUACGACUCCAAAGGCGAGCGUGAAUGGAGCAACGGCCUCUGCGGCUGCUUUGGUGAUUGCCUGACCUGCUGCGUUGCUACGUGGUGCCCGUGCAUCGUCUACGGUCAGAACAAGUCGCGCAUCGAACAUCUCGAAGCCCAGGGUUACCCUCACCCAGACGGCGGAGACAGCUGUGGUGGUGACUGCUGUCUGCAUGCUUUCCUAUCAUGCUUCGGCUUCGGUUGGGUACUUCAAAUUGGAAGCCGCGAGAAGAUCCGUCACCGCUACAAGAUUGCGGGUGGCUGCUUUGGCGAUUGCUGCGCCAGCUGUUGCUGCAAUCCUUGCGCACUUACUCAAGAAAGUCGCGAGCUCGAGCUCGAAGAGAGGAGCAUGCUCCCCAAGAACUAG